CCGCCGCCGCAUGCCCAGACCAGACCAGAUCAUCACAUCUCCACCACCACCACCACCACCGUCCUCCCUCCCACUCCGGGCAACUCUCAGAUCGGAUCGGGCUCACCGGAGAUCGACGAUGCAUCGCGCCGCCGCCGCGGGUCUCGACCUGGGCCUCGGGCUGGGGCUCGGGCUUGCGUCGCAGGGCAGCCUCACGUCCUCCACCACCACCGCCUCCUCCUCCCCGGCCUCGCAGGCGCACGCGCAGCACUGGACCGCCGCGCUUAACUCCGUCGUCGGCGCGCAGGAGUCGUACGGGCUGCACCCGUAUGCCAGCCACCAGCGGAAGGAGGAGCCGGGGAGGACGUCCACGUCGCCCGAGAGCGGCGUCAGCGCCGGGACCAAGAGGGGCCUGGAGCGCACCGGCUCCGGCGUCUCCCGCGGCGCCGCCACCGCCGGCAGCGACGAGGACGACGACGGCGGGGACGGCGCCGGCGGCCGCAAGAAGCUCAGGCUCUCCAAGGACCAGGCCGCCGUCCUCGAGGAGUGCUUCAAGACGCACAGCACGCUCAACCCCAAGCAGAAGACUGCGCUGGCGAACCGGCUGGGGCUGCGGCCGCGGCAGGUGGAGGUGUGGUUCCAGAACCGCCGCGCGCGGACCAAGCUGAAGCAGACGGAGGUGGACUGCGAGUACAUGAAGCGCUGGUGCGAGCAGCUCGCCGAGCAGAACAAGCGGCUCGAGAAGGAGGUGGCCGAGCUCCGCGCGCUCAAGACCGCGCCCGCCGCGCACGCCCAGCAGGCCGCCACGCUCACCAUGUGCCCCUCCUGCCGCCGCGUCGCCGCCACCGCCGCCGGACCGGCCGCCACGCAGCACCAGCACCAGCACCAGCAGCCGCAGCAGUGCAGCCCCAAGCCCAACGCCCACCCCGCCGGCAACGUCCUUCCCAGCCACUGCCAGUUCUUCCCCUCCACCACCACCGCCGCCGCCCCCGACCGAUCCGGCAGGCAGCAGGGCGCGUGGAACGGCGCCGCGCAGCCGCUGGUCACCAGAGAGCUCUUCUGAGACGACGAGAUCUCGCCGCCGGGGCCCAAUCCAGGCGAUAAAUUAGGAGAUUUGGUCAGGCGGCGGCCGAUUGGGUCAAUCAAAUUAAUCAAUUGGCAAAUCAGUCAGUCGAUCGCCGGAACAAGAUUUGAUUUGGUUUGGAAUCUGCAUAGCAGUAAUUAGCCGCGCUAGCGAUCGAUGGAUGGUUUGGUUUCGGUUAGUAGUAAUUCGGUUUGGGUUUUCUUUCUUUUUUCUUCUUUGGGAUUCGAUCGACGAACAAAACAGAAACAGAUUAGUAAGAAGAAGGAACAAAUGGCUGUCCGCUUUUUCCUGGACGGCGUGUACCCAUCCACCAAACCCCUGCCGGUUGUUGGAUUAACAGCUUGUUGAUUGAUUUGUACUACUGCUACCACUACCACUAAUUCAUGAUUGGUUGAUGGAGGAAAUUAUUGAAAUCUUUCAUUCA